ACAAACGUCGGCGACGUCGACCAGCUGUCGAGGCUGCACAAGGAAUCUUUAGCGGCCUAGCAGGUUAUCUUUCUUCUUACCCUUCAGCGCCAUUGGUUGCAUCUGCGAGCCAGACUUGACUGUAGUCGCAGAAAACCCAGAUACCUAGUCUGUGGCUCGGGAAAACCCACAUCUCAGUCUAAAGACGUCUACUUCGAACACUCAACCGAUGGUCACGGCAGACAACCUGAAUCUCGACGUGCUCGAGUUAAUUUUUGCAUUCAUCUCUGGAAAUGAUCUCGUCGCUGUCUCGUCUGUUAGCAAGUCGUUCCUCGCUGGCGUUAUUCCGUGUUUGUAUGCCAAGGUCUCUUUCACCGCAAAGCAUGUCAAACGAUAUAGACCCGAAGGAGGAGGGAUCAUGUCACCAUUCCUCACUCUUCGCAAUCACCCUGAUCUAGCUGUCCAUGUUCGUCAAAUUGACAUACAUUGUGCACCGUUCAUUGCAGCUGGACAAGUACAUCCGAGAUUCCUUUCGGAAACUGCGGACGCGCUACAAGUUUGCAAAAACCUAACAUCAUUUGUGUGUGGGCCGAGGAUCCUCCCAGCUCUGCUCGGCUCCCUGCAGGGAAAGGAACGCUUGCAGGAUCUGCACAUCUAUGCCGCGCUCACAACGACGCAAGGGGAGAUGCUGCAAAAAAUCACAACGCUACGCAGCCUGACUCUGGACUACCCGACCUGGAAUAUUGUGGAUUCGCUGACGAGAUGGGCUCAGCCGUUACAGCGAACACUUUCGCACCUCACGAUCUUCAUGUCUCAAGAAGUGAAUGGCAUAUUAUUGGAAGCCUUGCUCCCUUUACUGCCUCGUCUUCGUGGGCUGCACCUCAUUGGAUGUCCAAAGGCUCCUCAUACAGUGGUCAUCAAAGCUGCUACAACACACACCCCAUCGUUGAAAGAAUUCUCUUUCACUAUAUUCGAAAAUACCCCUCCACCAAGCCUUUUUUGCCUACCUACUAUCACCUUACCCAGCCUGCAGCAUCUUGCCAUCGACGUGCGUCCAACAUCUGAUGCAACGGCUAUGACAAUGUCAUCGCUCCUUGUUUCGCUGACCUCUCUAUCUACACUUGUGCUCAAGUUUGCGGACCGUCAGCUCCCUAUAUGGAACUCUGUCAUUGAUCUUAUUGCUCCCCCCAAUGCUGUCACAGUGCCUUUGAAACGUCUUGCUCUCAUGGACUGUGCAGUUCCAAUUGACAUGGUUGGAAAGCUAAGCUCCAAGUGCAAAGAUCUGGAAAUGUUGGAAAUACCGCUGCCAAUCAAAGACAUUCAAGCCUUUACUGCAGCAAUAUCAAGUUUGAAAGAGUUGCACACGUUGACCGAUGUUGGUGAUGCUCACGCAAGUCACGGCCCGCGUGCGACCUUAGCGAGGAACGACGUGAGAUACAUGAUGCGGGCGUGCGUAAAUUUAAGGACGAUAGUCAGUGAUGGGCGGAUGUGGACGGGACGUCCAGAUUGUUUCAUUGGUGUAACAGUUACGCCCCAGCGGUACAAGGCCAACGCCACACAACAUUGGUUUUCCCCUCUAAAAGAAUAUUCAUAUUUGAGUUAAUGUUUGCUGUUGUUCAUCAUGCUAAGAUCAGAUGACCGCGCUUAUAAUCUACGGCAUACUGGUAAUUGAUGUAGGCUACCGAAGCAAUUCGAUUGAGUGCUGCAGCCUACGGUGGAUGAGCUGCCGAGGAUCAAUGCACGCUUAGCAGCGUUUAUUUCGAGUACUUCUUAAUCUCUUCCAGCACUUGACGACUGCUUGCUAAUUAAUCGUACCAUUUCUUCUGGUGGACUGGGCAAACUAUCUCAAGUAUGUUUGUAUAAUUUGUUCAAAGCUGCCUGCCUGUCACUAACGAGAAC